AUGCCCCGGUGCACAAGACAUCGAUUGCAACUCCUCCCUCCAAAGCGUUUCAAGGAAGUUUACAUGAGUCAAACCCUCGACAUGUCUACAUGUAACGCACCCGUCUAUCUUAGCAAAAAUGACCUAACCGCAAGGCUUGUGUGCCACACAAAGCCUCCACAGCCCGAUAAACGCGACGGGACCACCAAGGCCAUCGACAUUAUAGCUGUUCACGGCCUGAUCGCUUGGGAGUCUUUUGCCGGCUCUCCUUUCUGGUUGUAUGAUUUCAUUGCAAAGGACAUCCGCGGAGCUAGGGUAUUCACAUUUAACUACGACGCUAAGGCAGUCUGGUUCCACGGAGCACCACUGAAGAGUAUCCAAGACGCGUCUAGGGCUCUACUUGAGGAAAUCGCUGCUAUCCGAGAGGAAGCACCAGUGGCACGGCCUCUGGUAUUCAUCUGCCAUGGCUUCGGUGGCUUUAUUGUUGAAUCGCACGCCACAAAGGACGUCGCCAGAGGUACCGUGGGCGACGAUCUUGACUCGUUGUGCGAUAGACAAAGUGAAGAUAUUUUGCGUGAUAUCUCCGAAGGGUUUAAUGCAAAGGUGACCAAGAAAAUGAAAAUAUUUUCUUUCCACGAGGGUGUUCCAAUGCCAGCGCAGCAUGAAUGUAGUCUGGACGAGUAUCGCGCGACUCUUGGCCUUCGUCGCGAGAAGGUCCUGGUGAUGGCGGGUUGCACUCACCUGUCUAUGGCAAAUUUCCCAGACAGACACAAUGACAACUACAAAGCAAUCAUAUCUGCCAUCAAGAAGAUCCGAAAAUCGGCAUCAGAAGAUAUGGUACCCGUCUCGACUGUGCACCCAUCUCAAUCUGGGCUGCCCAACAACGAUUUAGAGAUCCAGAACCCAUGGGUUAGUGAGGCAUCUCAGGCCACGACUAUACAUGCCGUCCAGAAUUCUCCGAUCUUGGGCCGACAGAAUAUCAAUUUGCAGAAUACAAUUGCGGCUACCACAAACUCACCCAUGGAGAACACCCCAUUCUCACCGAUGCCAGUGGAUUCGUCGAAUACCCGUGACUUUGGCCAUGGAACAUCACCAAAUAAUAUGGGCAUGUCCAAGCAGUCAACAACUAUUCUGGCAAUAGUCAGGAGGGUCUAG